AUGGCAAUCCUGAGAAGACUUAUGUUUUUUGUCUUCAUCUUUUCAUCAGCAGCAGGCCAAGAUGAAAAAUGCCCCUGUGGAUGGAAAAAUUCUGGCUCUCGAUGCCUUAAGUUUUUCUCUGAGUCAGUUAACUGGAUCACAGCAGAGAGAAACUGCCAAAGUCUUGGUGCGAAUCUCGCUUCUAUGCAAAAUAAAGUGGAAAAUGAUUUUCUGCUGAGUCUGGUGCCUCGUUCCACACGUUGCUGGAUUGGUGGUCAUGAUGGUGAACAAGAAGGACAGUGGCUGUGGACUGAUGGAUCUGUGUAUGGUUAUACAAACUGGUGCCCUGAAGAGCCUAACAAUAAGAGAAUUGAGAACUGCUUGGAGAUCAACUGGACUUCAAACCGGUGCUGGAACGAUCAGAGCUGUUCAACCUUAAUGGGCUAUUUGUGUGGUAAAAAGCUGUGAGGUCGAAUGCAGUCAUCCUGCUUCAGUUACAUUGAUUGUACUCCAUUUACUUUUACCAAUACUAUCUUUACAAAAAUAAUAUUCUGAAAUG